GUACGAAGAGGAGGCUAUCACGACGUUCGCUCACGGGCCUCAGUAUUCGUCGAAGAGUCGUCCGAGAGAUACACGCGUUACGAUCUCUCUUGAUGUUAUUCAUUACACGGCACCGCACGGCACUGGUUUUUAACACGAGAUAAAAUAAAGACUCGAGUGAAAGAGAGAGAGACAAAGAGAGAGAGAGAGAGAGAGAGAGAAAGAGAGCGAGUCACACGCGGCAAAUUUUUUGCCCGGCGGAGUUUUUCAGUUUUCGUACCGCCGCGCCGAAAGCGGAACAACGAAGAGAUCCGCGGCGUGCGCGGAAAAAAAGCACGCGAUUCUACGGGAAGCGAAGGCAGAGGAAAAGGCUGACACACAGAAAUGGUGACAGUUGGUUGGUCGUGUUUCAGAAGCAGCCUGCUGGUACUGCUGUGUACACUGAUCGUCGUGGUGCCAACGAUAUUGUCGACAGCAAUCAGCCAAUUCGAUAUUUCAGAGUACAUCUACGGGAUAGAUCAUGACUUGCAAGCGAGAGCACGCUCGGCCAUCGAGGCGGAGAGAUUCGUCUAUCGAUCGCGAACGAACAGAGCGCAGUCGUCGGAAAAUACGCCUUGCAGAAUACGAUCGGAGAGGCCGUGCCCGCCUACCAAGUACAGAACGCCCUCCGGUGCUUGCAACAACGUGAGGCAUCCCGCCUGGGGUGCCAGGGGCUCCCCGUUCUUCAGAUUACUGCCGCCAGCGUAUUCGGACGGCAUCUCGAGACCACGUCAAUCGGUGGGUAGCCACAGACUACCCACGUCGACCGAUGUCGUCUCCAGCGUUUUGACCUUCUCCCGGAAAGUGGGAAGUCACGAAGGAUUGACCAGUUUGUCAGGUAUUUGGUCGGAACUCGUGCUGCAAGAUAUCGCCGCCACGGUGCACUCGACAGGUGACGAGAAUCAAUGUUGUUCGGACGAGCGAAAUCGACAUCCGGAAUGCUACGAGAUGAGAGUCGAGAAACUCGACUGCGAGCGUUAUUGGCGAUCGGUGCCAAGCUUGAGUGUGUACGACUGUCAGUUCGAGACGAGGGAGCAGAUGAACGGCGUUUCCGCGUAUCUGGACGGUUCCGGCAUCUACGGCGCCACCGACGAUAAGCUGCAUCUGCUGAGAACGUACGAGGACGGCAAGGUCGACCUGAACGCCUGCGAGUUGUGCAAUCGGUCCGAUCAAGACGCUCUCGGUCUGCUGCACCGAGUUCUUUUGAGCGAGCAUAAUCGCGUGGCGGAGAAAUUGGCGGCAGCGAACGUACACUGGGACGAUACGAAGCUCUUCCUGGAGACGCGUCGCAUCGUUGUCGCGCAGCUGCAACACAUCACUUUCAACGAGUACAUGCCGGCGAUAUUGAGAGAAGCCGCGUUUGUCGAUCCCGAACUGAGACCGCUCUCAAACGGCUUCUACACCGGCUACUCGUCGUCCAACCGGGUGGGAACGUACCACGCGGUGGCUUUCGCGGCCUUGCGCGCUCUCGCGUGGAUGCGCGCCGACAAGAAUUACAACAUCGAGGAUCAUCUAACCGCAUCAGCCAAUCUCGUGGGUCUCGCGGCCGCGCCGGAUGCGGCCGCUUGGUCCGUACAUGUGGCGCGCGAUCACGGAGUACCCGGAUACGUCAAGUUUCUGACCGAAUGUUUGGGAGAGGACGUCAAAAUAGAAAAUUUUACAAAUCUGGAGCGAGUGAUGGCACCCGAGUCCGCGCACUUGCUGAGCACGAUUUACACGAACGUGGAGGACGUGGAUCUUCUCGUGGGUGGGAUUCUGGAGACUCCGGUUACGGGAGCCGCGGUCGGUCCAACGUUCGAAUGCAUCCUCAAGAAGCAGUUCACGACGAUAAGAAAUUCCGACCGUUUCUGGUACGAGAAUGACAUCCCGCCGUCGGGAUUGACGGCGACGCAGCUAACCGAAAUCAGAAAGGUGUCCCUCGCCGGGAUUUUGUGCGCCAACACGAACAUCCGCAAGAUUCAGCCGAGAGUGUUCAUUCGACAAGAUCCGUACUUAAACAGCAAGAUUUAUUGCGAACAGUACGAAUCGUUGGACGUCGCGGCGUGGACCGAGGAACCGUUGCCGCUUCCGUUGAUGGAGUACAACUCGGUGAGCACGAGCACGCGCGAGCCGACGGCGCGUCGACUUACACCGGAAAUCAGUCCGGAAAUAAUUGCCGCAGCUAUAAAACGAGCGGAGGAGGAACUGAUCGAGCGAAAGCAGCUCGAGUACAACGCGUGGUUGGAGCAGAAAAUCGCUGAUCCGAAAUCGCCAGCCGGAACCGCGGCCAGCUUCUCCAAGGCCAACAAGGACGCCUUGUUGCUCGCGAACUCGUCCAUCAUGUACGAAUUGGCUACGAACGAAAUUCUUAACAGCAUACACAGUCUCCGACGUAGGAAACGCCAGGUCUUCGAGAACACGGAGAACGUUUUGGGUUUCCCCAACGCCAACGAAUUCACCGAUCUGCUGCAGAACGUCGACGUCUCCGGCUUUCUGAAUCAUCAUCACAAGCCGACGAAUCACGAGGAAGUCCAGUGUCCCGUGGACGAUUCCCCGUGCGAUCCCACAACACCUUACCGGACUUUAUCGGGUCACUGCAAUAAUCUGCGCAAUCCCAGCCUCGGCAGAUCGCUGACCACCUUCGCUCGUUUGCUACCGCCCGCUUACGAGGACGGCGUUUCCAAGCCGAGAUCGACUUCCGUUACCGGUGCAUCGCUGCCGAAUCCUCGAGUAAUCUCGACGGUGAUCCAUCCGGACAUCUCGAACUUGCACAAUCGCUACACACUUAUGGUGAUGCAGUUCGCGCAGUUCCUGGAUCACGACUUGACAAUGACGCCCAUACACAAAGGCUUCGCGGAAUCGAUCCCAAGCUGUCGAUCUUGCGACUCGCCGCGAACCGUACAUCCCGAGUGCAAUCCGUUCCCCGUGCCGCCGGGUGAUCAUUUUUAUCCGACUGUGAACGUCACGUCCGGCGCUCGUAUGUGUUUCCCGUCGAUGAGGUCGUUGCCGGGUCAGCAACACUUGGGCCCGCGCGAACAAGUGAAUCAGAACACCGCUUUUCUGGACGGAUCGGUGGUUUACGGCGAGAACUCGUGCAUCUGCAAUAUUUUGCGCGGUUUCAACGGUCGCAUGAACAUCACGGAACAUCCGCGUCGCGGCAAGGAUCUACUGCCGCAAUCCCCGACACACCCGGAAUGCAAAGCUCGAUCGGGAUACUGCUUCAUUGGCGGUGACGGCCGCGCUUCCGAGCAACCGGCGCUAACGGUCAUGCACACCUUGUGGGUGCGUGAACACAAUCGCGUAAUGGAUGGCUUGCACCAGGUGAGUCCCCACUGGGACGGCGAGAAGUUGUUCCAGGAGGGUAGGCGUAUUUUAAGCGGCAUGCUUCAGCAUAUCACGUAUAACGAGUUUCUGCCGAGAAUUCUCGGAUGGAACGCUGUCAGUCUCUACGGUCUCAAGUUGUUACCCCAAGGUUAUUACAAAGAAUACUCGCCCACCUGCAACCCCAGUGUGCUCAACGAAUUCGCCGCCGCGGCCUAUCGAAUCGGACACUCGUUGCUGCGACCGCACAUACCACGAAUGGAUCCCACUUAUCAGAAUAUCGACCCGCCUAUUCUGUUGCGUGACGGCUUCUUCAAUCCGGACAUGCUACUUCAGGACAAUAUGAUCGACGAGAUAGUACGCGGUUUGAUGGCCACGCCGAUGGAAACGUUGGAUCAAUUCAUCACUGGCGAGGUGACCAAUCAUCUGUUCGAGCAACACGGUAUACCGCAUUCCGGUGUGGAUCUGAUAGCUUUGAAUAUUCAGCGGGCUCGCGAUCAUGGAUUGCCGUCGUACAAUCAUUAUCGAGCGCUCUGUAAUCUGAAGAGAGCCACCACGUUCGAGGAUCUGUCCAGAGAAAUGGCACCGGAGGUCAUAGCUCGUAUGAAGCGUAUAUACGCAUCCGUGGACGAUAUCGAUCUGUUCCCGGGGGGUAUGAGCGAAAGACCGCUUCAGGGUGGUUUGGUCGGACCUACUUUUGCCUGUAUUAUUGCCAUUCAGUUCAGACAAUUGAGAAAAUGUGAUCGUUUCUGGUACGAGACCGACGAUCCGAACAUCCGAUUUACCGAGCAUCAACUGGCAGAAGUUCGCAAAACCACUCUCGCCAAGGUGAUGUGCGAGAACAUGGAUCAUCAGACGGAUAUGCAGAGAGCAGCUUUCGAUCUACCCAGUAAUUUUCUGAAUCCGCGCGUACCGUGCACGUCCAUGCCCCACAUGGAUUUCUCCGCCUGGCGGGAGACCAGACACGGCUGUCAAAUUGGCGGUAGAAACGUCGCUGUCGGCGAGUCCGGUUUUCCUACGCCUUGCACCAGCUGCGUUUGCACCGCCGAAGGCACGCAAUGUGCCUCUCUGAGAGUCACGGACUGCAAUCAACUUUUACGAGAAGCUUCUCGAGAAGCGAUACUGCGCGAUGACGUGUGCACCGCUCAAUGUGGUUUUGUUCUGGCGGCGGCGGAAUCUACCACGCGGGCGCAACAGUUUACCACGCCGAGCUCGAGCGGUUUUCCCGGUUUCCCAUCUCGUCCAAACGGUCUCAGAAAUUCGCCAACGCCGACUUCCUUCAACGGCUUCAAACUGCCCGAUCUCUCGCAGUUUAUCGGCUGAAUUGGAAGAGACGAACACGUACGCGAAGGCUUUCAAGUAACUUAGAAACUCGUUAUACAUAUGAUUAGUUAUAUUUUACGCAGGAAAACACUGCCUUUAUUUUGAGAGACUGCAUAACAAACGCGAUUCCAAAAUUGUAUAAGUGGUUAAUCGUGCUCAAUACUAUAAAAAAAAAAAAAAAAAAAAAAAUAUCGAGGUCGAGAAAGAGAAUGGAGCAAGAAAGAGACAAGGAGCAUGUCUUGAACGCGCGGAAGACAUUUGUAAAGAAGAUAAAUGCGAAAUAGUACCUGUUGGCGUGUAAAUAUAGAUGCUAAGAUGCAAGUGUUUUAGUUCAUCAGAAGAAGACCGAGAUUGCAUCGUCGAAAAACAAAGAGAACGAAAAGACACACACGAACGCACGAGAUACGGAACUUCUUCGAGGGAAUAAAAAAUGAUGUUGCAGCACGCGAACGUAGUAGUAGAAUUAAACUUAGAACGAGUAAACCCCGGAAUAAAAAAAAAAAAAAAAAAAAAA